AUGAAUGAAAUCAUUAAAUUUACCAAUUCGGGAAUACCUGUACUUCUCAUUGGACCAACAGGAUGCGGUAAAACAACAAUUGCAGAGAAAAUUUUUGAUAAUCCAAAUGGAUUUUUGAAAUUUAAUUUCAGUUCGGAGACGACUAUUGAUCAACUCAUAGGAAACCUAACCCUAGACAAGGACUCAAAUCCAAAGUUUGAGUAUGGAACUUUCUCAAAAGCGUUUAAAGAGGGAAUCCCUCUCAUUCUUGAUGAAUUUAAUCUUGCUCAUGAAGAUGUUCUGCAAUGCAUUGAAUCAUCGUUGGAUACUGAAGAAUUGUUCGUUGAUGAUCCAUCAUUGAAUAAUGCCCCGAUAAAAAUGCAUCCUGCAUUCAAAUUGAUUGCUACUCAAAACGAUUCAGAUAGCUCUUUUGCAUCAAUGCGUAACAAGCUCACAUCAAAAUUGACAUCUCAUUUUCAAGUUAUUCAAUUCGAGGAUUUUACAGAUGAUCAAUUAACAGUUCUUUGUUCAAACUUCAACAAAGAAAUUUCAGAAGAAACUAUUGACAAAGUCAUUAGUUUUCAUUAUUCAUGUUUUAAUGAUAGCAACAAAGACUAUAGUUUCACAAUAAGAAAUUUGAAAAUGGCUCUUCUUUCUACUGAUGACGAAAAAGACCUUUAUCGCUCUCUAUUGUAUUACUACGAACCACUUAUGGGGCAAGACAAGGCUUUUCUUAUUCCACAAAAACUUUCAGAAAAUGAAAUAAUCCAAACUGAUAUCCCAGAUAUAGAUAUCAACCAAAUGAUCCAAGAUAAACAUAUCCAAAAUGUUUGGAAGAAUGAAAUACUAAUAAGUACAUUAAGGAAGAUUCAAUUCUUCAUGAAAAAUCAUCAACCUAUACUUAUUGUAGGCCCUGAUGGCUCAGGAAAGACACAAAUUGCAAAAUGGGCAUCACAAUUGUUUUCAAACAACGGUUCUCUUUUCAUGGUUUGUCAUCCUGAAAUGACAACAUCUGAUUUGAUGGGAGGUUACACAACGUCCUCAAAUUCUUUACGUAUUGCAGAUUGGAAAGAUGGUCCCAUCAUAAAGGCUGCAAGUAAAGGGCUAGUUCUAAUCAUUGAUCAACUUGAAAGCGCUUCUCCACAAGUUAUUGAAAGAAUCAACCCAAUUCUCGAUGCUUACUCAAAUAUUUUAUUGAAUGAGAAAACACAAUCAACUAACAACACAAAAUUCAAUGUUCCAGAAUGCUUUGAAGAUCUCCAAGUUGAAAUCAAUAAGGAUUUCAAGAUCAUUGCUACAGCAUCUAAGAGUCAAUUAAAGAAUUUAUCUCCUGCAUUAAAGAAUCGUUUCACAAUUGUUGAAAUAAAUUCUCAAAUUGAUAAAGAGGACUCAAAUCAACAAAUCCAAGAACUAGUUUCUGCAUUAAUUGAGUCAAAUCAAGGAAAUAAUAUUUCAAUCAAUUAUUUAGUAAUCAAAAGACUUGUUAACAUCAAUAAUAUUUCCGAUAUUUCAAAGAUUGUUUCAGGAAUACGACUAAUAUGCUCGAAAUAUCCUCAAUUUAACGAUGUAAAAAUACAAAUUCAAGUUUUUGAAGCAUUGUAUGAUAUAUAUAUCAACCAUAAAACGCCACAAUUAGAUCGCAGUAUCAUAGAUAUAGUACUUAAAACUAUUACAGGAGAAACAAAAGGUUUCUACUUCAAAGAAUCCCCAGAACUAGAAAAUAUUGUAUCACUUAUAAUAUUGAUGCAAAACAUCGGCCAACAUAUUGUCCUGCAAAGUGGAACGGGAUUUGGAAAGACAUCAGUUGCAGUUGCACUCGCAAAAGGAUUAAAAUUUAACCCAUAUAAGGUAUCAUUUAAUGCAGAAACAAAAUUAUCGGAUUUAAUAGGAAACAUCACAAUUACUCGCGGAACCAGUGACAAUUCGAAAGGACAAUUACUUCGUGCUAUUAAAGAAGGAGGUUUCUUCAUUGCAGAUGAAGCAAACCUGGCAGAUAACACAAUCCUUCAAUCUCUUGUUAUUGCAUUAGAGCAGAAACCUGGUGAAGAAAUCGAGAUUCCUUCAGAAGGCACGACUAAAAUACAUGAAAAAUAUUUCUUCAUUGCUUGUCAAAAUGAUAGCACAAUGUUUGGUCGCAAACCAUUACCACAAGUACUUCUUAAACGUGUGGUUUGUUUUGAAUAUCCAUUUCCUGAGAGUUCUCUAUUUAACGUCAUUAAAGAAAUUACAUCAGAAUAUAAAUUAAGUCUUAUGAACAAGCUUUUGACGAAUUUUGUUAAAUUAUUGUACAAUGAAUUCAAGCACAACGAAGCAAUUCGUCCAUGGUCAUUCAGAGAAAUUAGAAGAUUCUGUAAACGAGUCACAAACUCAGAACAGAUUGAAAUCUUCCGUAAUAAAAAAUGGAAUAUUGCAAAUCCUGAAGAGGUUCAAAUUUAUCACGCAUUGUUUAUGUCAUGGAUGAUGUGUCCUGUUCCAGAACAAGCCUCAAAGACAAUAUCAGAAAUUGUUGAAAAAUCAUUCCAAAAGGUCAACUCUUCAGAAUUAGAAAAUAUUUUGUUAUCAAAUGCAGUUCCACAAGGAAAGUAUGUCGUUAAAGGGAAUAUUAGAAUUAAAUCAGUUGCUUCACAAAGCAAUAACGAGGAAGUUAUUCAAGCAACCCAAGGAAUUGCUUCAUUCUGGAAUGCUGUUUUCCUGUCUUCUCUGAUUCCUUCAAAUGAGCCAAUUCUUAUUGUUGGUGAAUCUUCGUUUAAGACAUAUUUAGCCAAUUCAAUUAUGGCAAAUCCAAGCCAAGUCACUUUAGGAAGUGAAACUACAACAGCUUCAUUGAUUGGCCAAGUUUCAUAUGUCAGACAACAAACAUAUGAUCAAGCAAUGCUUGAUUUGCUUCAUACAAUCAUGAUCUCAAAUCCUAAACUUUACAAAGAUUUCAGAGAUUUCAAAAAGAAUUUCAUCAGAGAUAAAGAGCAUCUUGACAAAUUACAAGAGUUCAUCAAACAGUUAAAAGUUCCUUUCCUUCAGAAAUCAAUCGAUCAUAUAACAAAGCAACUGAUUGCAGAUGAACCAGACCCAUCAAAAGUUCAUUCUGCAAUAAGUAAUUACACAACAAUCUUCAAACCUGGUUUGAUAACACAUCAAAUCUUUAGCCAAAGUCCAAUUGUUAUUAAGAACUUUUCAAAGCCACCAACAUCUGUUAUUGAAAGAUUCAAUGAACUCAUUGACAUUGAGCCAGAAUUAACUCUCAAUGAAGAUUACACAAAUACUAUCACUCCACCUGAUUAUAAAGUAAUCAAAAUGAGCAACUCAGAUAAAACAAGAUUCAGGAUUGUUGCUUUAAGUUCUUUGAUCGAUUAUAACAGGAUUUCCGAAGCCAUGAGAUCAAGAUUUAAUAUCGUAAAUAUCAAGAAAUAUUCGAAUGAGAAAAUCAAAACAAUAACAGGUUUCUCUGACGAAUACAUCAAAGAUUUCAAUUUCCAUCAAUUAGUUUUGAUGAAAUCAAUUAUCACAAAAAUCCAGGAAAUUCAUAGAACAAUUCUUAAUUCAUCUCAAGAAAUACCAAGAGAAGAACUAGAAAGGGAAGCAGCAAGAAUUAUGGGAACAGAAGAUGUUGGUUGCAAAGAAUUUAUUAGUCCUUUACAGGUCGAUAAUGGACAUUUGAAAUCAGAUAAUCCAUACAUACUCUCUUAUUCUGCUCCAAACUUUGAUCCAUCAAAAACGAAUAUUGUUUUCACAAAAACAACGCAAACAAUGUGCGAUAGAAUCUUCACUGCUUUGUCCUUCGAUAUUCCGAUCAUCAUUCAAGGACCAACAGGAACAUGCAAGUCAAUGCUUGCCGAUUACGUGGCAAAUUCUAUUAAAGAUUUCGCAAAUAAUAAUCAUGUUAUCAAAAUCCAAUUAUCAAGAUCUACAACUGUUGAAGAUUUGUUCGGAAGAAAUUCAAUUAAAGUUGAUAAAAAUGGAAACAAGACAUUUGAUUAUAUUCCAACCGAACUGUUUAAAGCAGCUACAGAAGGUUCCCCUCAUAGGUCAUUGAUCAUAAUUGAAGAGCUUAAUCUUGCAUCACCAAGUUUAAUUGAUGCAUUAACUUCUUUGUUUGACAAUAAUCCUAAUUCAAAGAUCAUGAAAACAAAUGGCGAAUCAGAGAACAAAGGAAAAUACUCCAUAAUUGGCAUUGCUUCCGGAAAUGUUCCACCUGCUCUCAAAAAAGCAUCAAUAUUCUUUAAGAGAGAUGUAUAUACAAACAAUGAGAUGCGAGCUGUCUGUAGUCCUCUCUUAAAAGCAUAUGAGUCCAGCAAAUUCAUCAAUUACUUCACGACAUUGAAUCCUCGUAAUUGUAUAAUGUUUGUACAGUUAAUAUAUUCAUUUAACAGUUCUGAUCAAAAUAUGCAUUUACUUUUAGAUCUUGUUACACAUGAUCAGAAGUCUAAGUCAAAUGAAUGGGAAAGUAUUCCAAUUUCACAUGAAUCCAGAAUGUCGAUCUUGAAAGUUGAUAAAAUCAAAGUUGAAUGUUCAACAAUCGGAAAUAAAUAUGAUCCGAAAAUCAAAGAAAAGCUUUUGAGUUUGACAGCAAGCGAACAAAAACUAUUUGUCACGUUGGCGGCCAAUACUCAUAAGAGGUUCCCAUUGAUUGUUACAGGAGGAACAGCAUCAGGAAAGACAUAUGCAAUUCAAUUGUUCGCACAAGCAAUCAACAAGAAGCUUCAUGUUAUUCCACUUAAUGCGGAUACAUCAAUUUCAACGAUAACAGGAUCAUAUAAGCCAUCAAAGUUUGUUAACCAAGCAAACAUCGACAAAAUCACCAGCAAAUUAAAAGAAGAUCCUGCCUUUGAUGAUGUUUCCAUAUUAAUUAGAGAAUACUCAAAGAAUCGCAUGGAAAUUAAGAAACUCCAAGAAAUCGAAGCUCAGAUUAAUAUAGUUCUUGAAAAUACAAGUGAAGAAAAACACCAGAAAAUUGGUAACGAAGCCAAAUCAUUAGUUUCAACAGCCAAACACUUAAUCAAUAACUUAGAAUACUCAGAAUCCAGUUUAGUCACAGCUAUGAAAAAUGGUGAUUGGAUAUUAUUUGAUGGUGUUGAAUCAUGUCCUUCAACAGUUAUGGAGAGAAUUAUCACUUUGCUUGAUUUUGAACCAUCAUUGAAUCUCUAUGAAGUUGAUGAAGGUGUUGUUUACUCUUCAAAGCCAUCUUCUUAUCAACAACAUAAGAUUCAAGAUGGUUUUAGAAUUAUCUUGACAUAUAACAAUGUCGGAACUCACAAGAAAACUCCUUUAUCUCAGUCAAUUCUCUCAAGAUGCGCAAUAUUAAAGAUGGAUCCAAUAGAUUCUGACACUAAAAGCACUUCUAAAAUUUCAUUAUUCGAACUCCCAGAUAAAAAAUACGAAUUACCAGACGGAAGUUACAAUAAAUCUAAUAUUGUUGCAAGAAUUGCGAAAUUGCACGAUGAAAUGAAGAAAUUGCAGAAAGAUGGUUCUAGCUACGAACUAACAGGAAGAAGCAUAUCAAGAAUCUGCAGAUUGUUCACUUCAAUGAGCGUAAAUACUGAAGGUGAAUUCAUUCCAUAUCAGCAAAUCAAGAAGGCUCUUUUGAUAACUUAUAAUAAUAUGAUAAGUAAAAUGGAUGAAGAAGACGAUGAAACAAAUCAAAAAAUUUUGGAAAUAUUCGAACAAGCUCCUGAUGAUCAAGAAGUAGAGAAUUUGAAUGAAUUGUAUAAGCAAACAUUCAUUGAAAGCAGCAAAUUGAAACAAAUGAUUGAAGAAUCUUUGUUACAGGAUGGUUUUGUAAGUAAUAUAUUCAGUAUUAUCGAGCGCGCAUUGUUCAAAGAUGUUUUUGACCUCGAUGAAUUCAUGAUUGAUCUAACACAAAAGUUCAAAGAUUUACAUGCAAACGAUUUCGAAAAUAGGGAAACAAAAUGGUACGCCGACUAUAUUUUCCUUUCUCAAUUGCAAGACAUUAUUCACUCGCUUUCAAAACUUGAUGAUAAUGCAAAAUCAGAGAUAUCACAUUUUUCAAUAUCAAGUAUUUCCCAAAUCAAGAAAGAAUUAGCAGGCAUUUUAACAAAAUUCGCAUUUAUUUCUCAAACAUGUUAUUCAUGCCAAGACAUAAGUAUCCCAAUUGAAUUCACCUCGGAAGUAAAUAUUUCUGCUUUGAAUGGAAUAUCUGAUGAAGUUAAGAACAAUAUAUUUAAGUUUCCAUUUUUAUAUUUCAGUAUUCCAGGAAUUGAGAAGAUUUCAAAGUUCUUUGAUGGCAUUUACAAAUUAAUCUUUGAUACUUACAUUUAUUGCUUUGCAAUUUAUCAAACAGAUUUUCGUUCUUCUCUAGAUCAUUUCGUUUCAAUUAUAUAUGAAGUUGCUAGGCCAUCAAACACAAUAAAUAUCAAUGAUCUCGUAGAAUCUCUAUCUUUAGAUGAAUUUUCCAGUUUAAUAUCAUUGAAGAAGUCAUUCAAAGAAUACAGUAAUAAAUUCGAAAUUCCAUGUGAGUUUAUGGAUAUGUUAAAUCAACUACAAAUUAAAUUCGACGAAUUGAACAUCAUAUCAGAAGAUGAGAAGAAAUGGAACAAACUCAAAGAAGACUAUCCAGAUUUAGGUUAUCUAUUCACGUUAACAGAAGGCAUUUCUUGGGUUCCAAAAAGCAAUAUCCAAAAUACAAUUAUAAAUCUCGCAAAAAUGGAGAAACCAAUAUCAUAUAAUAAGUUAUCAUUAUAUGUUAAUCAAAUUGAUCCGAAUAACUGUGACAAAUCUAGAUGGUUUUCUAUUUUAAUGGAUUACUCAUAUGAUAUCACUUUACUCGAAAAUCUAAAGAAUCCUAAAAAAUGCAUCUCUUCACUUCUGAAAUUAAAUGAACGAAAGUACAAUGUUGGUAAAAUCUUAAAGACAUUCAAUGGUACUUAUUUAACUGUGAGUCAAUCCGAUGCUGAUGCUUUGAUAAAUGAUAUGCUGGCGAGAUAUUUGGAAAAUAUGUAUGCAUUCAAUGACAGUUUACUUGAUGUUGGUAAUUUAAUUGAAAAAGUUGACAGUUACAUCAACAAAGUAGAAUUGGUUAGCAAUGAUUGGGCUGUUUUUGUUAGAGAAAAUAACAAAAAGUAUGAUAUUAACCAAGAGAUCAUGAUUCCAAAAUACACUGAACCAAGCAUUCGCAGAUUCUUAUCAAAGGAGUGUGGUAAAAAUUUCAAAUCGAAAAAGGAUCUAUUACAACACUUAAAGGAGGAUCAAUCUAAGGAGUUCCUUUAUAGUAUGCUAAUUAACCAGCCAAGCAUGAAAAAAUAUAACACAUCCGAUCGUAUUCAGUUUGAGGAUUAUGAAGAAUGGUAUAUUGAAAAUUUCCCAGCCCAGGGCUUAUUUUUGCUCAGAAAUCCAGACUUCAUUAAGCUCAUUGAAAUUCCAAAUGAGAGACUUACAUUUGGUCUAUUUAUGCUGAGAGUUGUUUCUUCAUUCAAACAAAUUACUUUUGAAACAACAAAAUUCACACCAGAAAUGUCGAAAAGCAUAAAUGAUUCCAUCCAAAAGUUGUUGUUAGAUCCUGAUAACAAUAAAGGCAUUAUAGUUGCAUUAUGUCUGUCUAAUCCUCCUUAUUCACUUAAGCAUUUCUAUACUUGUUUACUUCAUGAUUCACUAGUUCAAGCCGCAACAUUUUUGGAUGAUGACCAAUAUGUAAAGAAAGCAAACAUGCUCAUAGGUGAAUACUUAGAACAAGCAUUAAGCAAUUGUAAUCCUUUGACUAAACAGAAAUGGAGUUCUUUCAUUGGAAGCAAUACUGAUUAUCUUUUGAAUCCUAUUAAAUCCUUCAUCAAUUUCUGCAAUUUUCAUAUCAGUGAUAAGCUGAAUGAGCUGAAAGCUUUUAAAGAUAAAACAGAAAAAGAAUUAAAGAUGAAAGAAGAUAAGAUUAACGAAGUUCUUCCUGAGUUAGAAAAAGCGACGAAAAAAGAAGAUCCGAAUUGUUUCAUUCAACGAUUUAGACCAGAUAAUUAUUCAGAAAAUGUUAUCAAUGCUUAUGAAAGUUAUUCAAGCUGCUUAUUGACUAUUUUGAAUUCAUUAACAAAGUUUGAGUGGUAUAAAAAGGGAACACAAAUUAAAGAUUUCGAUCAAUCAAUUAAGUUGUACAAAUUCAUUAAGAAAUUAAAAUAUUGCGAUCCUGCUCACUAUGAAGAACAAAUCUAUGUUAUUUAUAUACAUAAUUGCGCAACCGAUACAAUUACAUUCACUAAGAAAGAUGAUCAAGAUGUAACAGUCAGCUUCUACGUUAGACCAAAGGUUGAUUCAUUUUUGGUUGUUCCAGAGAAAUAUAUCAAUGAUAUUGAUGUUCCUAAAUCCUUAGAAACUAUCAAAUUGAAUGUUUCUAAGAUGGCAGAGGUAACAGAUGAAAUCAAUGUUGAUAUGCUCAUUAAAGCAUAUAGAAAAUUCUAUGAUGAAAAAGUUAAGGAUCCUAAUGCAAUGGAUAGUUAUUAUGCUUCAGGUUCAACUGUUAUAUUUAACACUAGUGAAAGCAAUUAUAACUUUGAUGAUAUCAAAGAUCUUUUUAAGAACACCCAGUCAGGAAUUAGCUAUUUAACAGAGUUCGAAAGCAAAUUCAUGAAGCCCCAGUUCGAAGGAAAUCCUGAUCAAAUACCAGAAAAGACACAAGAAAUUAUCAACAAAAUACAUCUAUUGGUAAAAGAGCACGACAGAUUGGUAACCGAAAUUCGCAAAUAUGAAUCUGAAAUAGCUCUACUUCCAACGCAGAGAUUCGAUCCUCCAUCUGAACAAAGCAGUAAACCAGAUAUCAAAUUGAACAAAACAAACAAUAUUACUAUUGAUUUUUCAAAUACAGACAGCUCAGUAUUUAACUUGGCAGCAAUCAAUAUUACAAAUGAUUCUGUUAAUCCAUCAUUCAGAAUGAUCAAAGCUGAUAUUCCAGGUAUAUUAAGAGGAAUCCAAACAACUCCUAUUUGUAUACCAAUAUAUGUUUUCGGAAAUGCAUCAAAAAUCAGGAUAAAAUUCUAUCCUUUAGAUGAAACACCUCUUCCUGCAUACGAGAUUAAUGAAUCUCAAGUUAAUUUAUUAUUCCCAAUCAAUGGUAUAACAAAUGACAUAAUAUUUACAGGAAUGGUUGAUAUUAACACUCACAAUAUUAAUUAUGAAGUUAAAGCUCACUUUAUUGAUUCAACAAUCUUCAUUGACUCCCCUGGAAACUCAUUCAUCAAGGAUACAUCCGGUAUUUCAUUUGAAAAAUCAUUUAUCGAAGAAGAUAGUAUUCCAAUUAUUUCUACAAUACCUGGCCUGGAAAAUCCCAAGCAAACAAUUUUGGUCGAAAACAUAAAUACUGCUUUUCCGAAAUCUCCAAUCCAAUUCAAAGAUGAUGACCAAACAUUUAUUAUCAAGGGUUUAACACAUGACAAAAAAGAAAAUAAAAUUAGUGGUAUAGCUUUCAAUUGUUAUCAUACAUCAAAUGAAGAUUCGCGGAUUAUCAUCAAUUCUCCUGAUUUCGCAGAAAAAAGAAAUGUGGAUUUGAGGAUUUUAUCUCCACCAUAUAAAUUACUCUCUGAAAAAUCAGAAAUGGAAAUUGGAAACUGCUACAACAAAUAUUAUUUUGUUUUAUGUUUCAUUAUGAAAUAUGCAGAAACACCAAGAAUUGAUGUGAAGUGCUCUGAUAAUGUCAAAAUCCUAAAUCAAAAUAUCUUUCCAACUUUCUCAGUUCCACAAUCACAUGUUGUUAUCGGAGUGGAGAUGAAAUCAAUUGCAAAAAGAUACGAUGAUCCAUCAUCCCUUAUACUUUCAAUCAAUUCACAACAAUUCCAAUGGACACGCUCUAUCAAAUUGUUUACGAAGAAGCCCGAUAAAAGAAUCAAUUUCGAUCAUAGUUAUGUUUUGUAUAACAGCAUUAAUUAUUCUCUCCAUGAAAAUAAUAAAUACAUUCCACGUGUAUAUUAUGAUGAAAAAUUUGGGACAAUACUUACAAAUAAUACAAUCAAAUGCUUGAUAAUAAAUGAUCAUUACCAAGUCGAUUAUUUGAAUUACAAUAAUAAUAUUAAAGAUAAAUGCGUCCUACUUUCCUGGCAAUACUAUGUUGAUUCAGGCAAAAAUGAAGUAUAUUGGAUUCCUGCUUUUGUUCCAGGGACAGGUGAAAUACAAACAAGAAUAUUACAAAUGUCUGAAGAUAAUGUAAAUGAUCUACUAAACUUUUUGCGUAGAUUCUUUGGAAAAAAUAGCAUUGUCACAAUUAAGAACAUAAUAAGAAACUUCAAAGGUUGGAGUCAAAAAUGCAAUUCCAUUUGCGAGUUCAUCAUGGCUCAAUUGACAGAAAAAUACAAUAAAAUUAUCAAUGACGAUUAUCAGCUUACAAACGAUGUUUCUUUUGAUGUUGGUAAAAUUAAUUCUCUAAGAGAGAAUAAAUUUGAUCAAGGAAUCAUAAACAAGCAUAUAAGAAAUGUUGAAGAUGACACUCGUCAAGAUGCACUUAAACUUCUCCCAUCAAAGAAUACAACAAUUCUCAUGCAAUACACGCAGGAUGAAUCCAAAUUAUCAUAUGAAUCCAAAAUUAUCACUCAACAAGAAAGAAAUGAUAUUCUUGAAUCAAUUUCCAAGAUGACAUCAGUAGAACCAAAACUUGAAUUAGAAAUGGUUCCCAAUACAGAAAAUAUCAGAGAUGAAGUCAUUUUCAAGACAAUAACAUCAGCCAAAGCAAUUUAUGACAGAAUCUCUGAAGUUGUUCCUCGAUGCAGAAAAUUCCUUUUAAUGAUGGCAAAUUACGCUGAUUACACAAAGGAGUUUCCAGUAGAAAAAGCACAAAAAGAAAUAAGAUACUUGGCUGCUUUUCAUAAAUGGUCAAGUGAUAAAAGGACUCUUAAAAGCACUCCUUUCCUGACGCAAUGCAUUGAAUUUAAUAAUGGUUUUACAUCACUUAUCAAUAUCAUGCAGAAAGCUGGAUGCAAAAUUGAAAACAUCAAUAUUGAGACUACCAAACUCACUCCUUUGAUCAUUAAACCAAGCCAAUCUCCUAUUUCUGUUGAAGAAUUUCGAAAGGAAUGGACAAUACAGAGAAAUGUAUCAGUGUCACUUUAUCUUCCAUCUUUUUCUGUUCCACCUAUUCAGCCUAACCCUAAACCUAAUCCACCUGCACCACCGAGACAAAAUAAAAAGUUGUAUAAAGGAGAUAACGCAACAAUUAAUAUUAAGUAUAAACCAGACUCAAAUGGAACUUCCGGUAGAACCCAAGAUAAACCAGAAGAUAUUUACAAAUUCAUGAUUAAAAAUAUUGAUAAAAUCCAAUAUUACCAAGAUGAUGCUAAAGAAUUUAAUUCAGUAGUUUCAGAUAUCAAAGAUAUCCCAGAGAAGAACAAUUUACCGAUUGACGAAUUCAUUGCUUACACUACCGAAACUACUUAUCAAAUCAUAAAAGAAUUCAAUAGCAAGACUAUUAAUAUGGAUUCUGAGAUUGUAUUAAUGCUUGAUAUUAAAUCAAUCACACCAAAUUCAAUCAAACUUGAUAAUUUCUUAUACUUUAUUGCAUUUGCAAUGGCAAUUUCACAGCUCGGAUUUAGCUAUAGAUUACUUGCAUUUGCAGAUCGUAACUUCCAGUAUUUUGAAAUCAAGAAAUUAUCUGAGAAACUACAAAGGAAGCAUCUUCAAGUCGCUCUUGAAAUUCUUGAUACUAAGAGAACAUGUGCAGAUCCAUUAUUUUCAAUUAAAUCUAUCAUUAAACAAGACAUAGAGAAGUCAUUCAGCUUCUUUGUCUUUACCGAUGGAAACCUCUUGAAUACUAAUUAUACAAUUUGGCAAGAAUGGGACAAUGGAACAAACAGCAGAAUUACAUAUUUCUUGAAACCUCCUAAUGAGGAAGAAUACAAGGUUCCGAUUAUCAAACAAUACAAAACUCUGAAGAAGAAUCAUAAUAAUAUCAAUUAUGCAAUAAACAUGGAAGGAUUCAACCAUAAUAAAGAGUUUAUUGAUGCAUUUAUCAAUGGUAUCAGUACAGGAAAUGGAAAAGUUCAUAGAAUUGAUAGAAAUGUUGAGCUCAAACUAUCAGAGAAUGACUCCAAUAUUCCUAUUGUUUGUUCAUUUAAGAAAUUGCCAGAAACAGAUUCUCAAUUUGUUUGCAUAUCUGAAGUUAUUCAGGCAUCUAUAACCAGACAAGAUGAAGUUAUGAUUCCAAACGUUUCAGAAUAUAUUUCUCCAACUAAUAAAUCAGAAUUCGAAUUAGAAACAUUCAGACAAAAUAUUGAAGCAAAUUGGGUUCAGGACGAACUAUUUCCUCCAAAUAAGCCAAUGCAAUAUAUUCCAUCAGAAAAAGGUAAUGGUUUAUCUAUGGCUGGUCUAAUAAGAUUCAUUAUCACGGAUGGUCAAGAUCAGAGAUUCAGAUUGGACAAAUGCGCUGGCUAUGUUCCAAAUUAUUCAUUGUUCUUCGUCAUAGAUUGCAGUGAAUCAUCAUCAGGAAUUCUCUCACUCCAAGCAACACGUCAAACAGUUUUCUCAACAUUAUUGGCUUUCAAGGAUUGUGAAUUCCCAAUCACUAUUAUUCUUGCAACAUCUGAUGGACCAGCUGCGGUCUGUAUCAACAAGAAGAAAGAAGAAAUAUUUGUAGAGAAUUCUCCUGUUUUCACAGAGAUAUACAGACUACUUACUGAAUCCCACGGAUUGUGCAGUUUCUCUCAAGCUUUAAUUGCAGCUUUCAACCUUAGAUACAGACAAACUGAACAAGAAUCAAUUUUAAUUGGUAUAACUAAUGGCAAUUUCACUCAACAUGAAAUGGAUGCAGUUGGAACAGCCAUAUCAUCCUUACAAUCAAUUAGGACAUAUCCAAUUGGUGUUGGUGUUGGAAUCACUCCAACAAAGAUAUCAAAAGUAUUCACAAAAUCGAUCUGGUCUUCAAAUCCUUUGUCAAUUGCCAAUUGCUUCCAAACUUUACUAGAAUUCGAUCCUAAUGAAUGUAAAACAAAAGGUAAAAUUUCCGAUCCAGCUCUUCCAAAUAAAAUCCCUAAACUAAAUGAAUUGCAUAAUAUUUUAAUAAGCAAACAAGAUAGAACUUACACAGAGCUCACUGAUAAACUAACUGAUAUUCUGUUCUUUGAUUCUGCUGAAGAUUCCUACAUGAAUGAAAAACCAGAAAUUCAGAAAUUACCAACAAGCAAACCUGGAAGUGAGAUUUAUGAUCAAGAACUACCUAAUGUUGAUCUUGGAGAAAACAAGGCUUGGCCAUAUAAUAUUCUGAUUUGCAUGCUUUAUGGCUUUACAGCUAGUAAUGAUGAUUCUGAUAAGUAUGUGACAUAUAAAACACUUACAGACAAAAAUGGUAUUGUAAAAGGAUUGAGAGAACUCAAAUUUAAUGUCGGUGUUACUAAAAACUACUGCGAUUCUAUAGCUGAACUAUCAUCAGGAAAAUAUCACCAAGUCUGGGUUAUAUGUUCUAAAGGUCAAAGAGCCAAACCAACAGAUGUUCCAGAUAUUUCAGAAGACACAACAUACAUAUCAAAGAAAAUCAAAGGAAAUAAAGAUGAUUUUGAUCAUGCAUAUCAAUUUGUUGAAACAGUUGAAUUGUUCAGACAAAAUGGUGGAGGUGUUGCAUUUUGGGCAGACCAAGGAUUUACUUUUGAAUUGAAUUAUUUCUUAAAGCAUGUCAAAUUAUAUGAUUGUGACAAAAUCGAAAAAGAAAAGAAUCAAGAAAAGAUACCAAUAAAGCUUAGAUUCCACGAUGGAGAUCCAGUUAAGGAAAAAGUAUUGCAAAGAAGGUUCCCUAAGAAUUUCACGAAGAUGUCAUUUGAUGCUGAUGAUUAUAAAUGGAUAUCAAACUACAAGUACUAUCUUUAUGGAUACAAUGUUUCCAAACUGAUGGAAGGAACAACAAUUGCCGGCGCAAGAAUUCCUGAGGGAUUAUCAUAUGAUCAGAUUUGCGAUCACAUUAAGCCAUUCAGACCAUUUUCCCUCAGCUCAGAAAAAGGUUUAGUUUCUGGCUGUUAUUACGUUGCUCCUAAGUUCUCUAACGAAGGCGACAUCAUCAUUGAUGGUGCAUCAUCUAGACUCUUCAAGGAACUGAAUUUAGAAGGUGUCAAGAGAUUGGUCAGAAAUAUGGCUUGCUGUCUUAUUAACAAAAAGAGAUAUAUUGCCGAAACAGGUUCUUACAUUGAUAAACUCCCUGUUCCUCUCCUCAAGAUACCUAAAAUACCAGUUGAAAAACCAAUUGACUGUUCCAAAAUUAAAAUUAAGCCGAUUGAUUUAGUGUACAUUUACGAUGCAACUCAAUCGACUAAUUCUAUCAAGAAUACUAUUUAUUACCAGAUCGAGAAUUCAAUAGAUUGGUUCAAAUAUUCAAUUUAUGAUGUCCGCAUUGCAGCAAUUGCAUUCAGAGAUUAUGCAUUGGCUGUUAAAGAAGAUUUUAAUAUUGAACGUAACUUAGUUGAUGUAAUUGAUUUCAAAGAUAUUACUGAUGCUUCAGAAAUCUUGGAACAAAUCAGAAGCUUCCCUUGUAAAGGAGGAAUGGGCGAUGGUCCUGAAGACUGGAAUUCUGCAUUUGAGCAAUAUUUCACUCUCAAAUUCAGAGAAAAUUCCACUAAAAUUGUUUUCUUCAUCACAGAUAAUGGAACACAUCAUCCAGACUUCCAUAGAAGUCCAGUUAUUGAUGGCGAUGAUUACAGUAGUGCGUAUUAUAGUCGCCUGUCUAAUUAUGAAAUUGAUGACUACAUAAUUUCUGAAGAAAGAAUGAGUCAACAACAGAAAUUGGAAUACUUCAUAGAUCGACUUGCAAAACAAAACCCAUUCUGGAUUUUAUGUCCAUUCGGUCGCUCUGCAACUCAUCCACUGAAUACUUUCAGGAAAAGCCUGAUCAAUAGAAAUAAUAACACUAAAUCAAUUACAAUUACAUUUCGUAGCUUCUAUCCAAAAAAUUGGAGAUUUAAUCCAAAGAAAAUUAAAUUAAUUGAUCAUGUCAAAUUAAAUCCUGAAUCUGAUGAGGUAGAUGGUUUAUCCAACAAAGAGCUCAAUAAUAUUUAUUCAGACAUAUUCAAGUAUGUCAAGGCCUAUAUUGAAGAGGUUGUUACUAUGUUUUAA